GUUCUCUUUCUCUCUCGUGCAAAAGUCUGGGCGAGAGGAAAAAGCGGUACGUUUUAGGUAGGGGUGGCUCAACCGACCUUCUCCUCAGAGGCCUCUGUGUGUUGGGGUUGGGGUGGAUCUGCUUGAAAGCCGUCUCUCCUUUCCCGCUUUUUCCGUCCAAUCGCCAUUUCCAAAGCCUUUACACUUUCUCACUCAGUUCUGCAGAUCCAAGGUUCCGAAAAAGUUCUAUUUAUCAUCGUUGUUGAAGCAACAUGGCUUCUAAGCGUAUCUUGAAGGAACUGAAGGAUUUGCAGAAGGAUCCUCCUACUUCUUGCAGUGCCGGUCCUGUAGCUGAAGACAUGUUCCACUGGCAAGCGACUAUUAUGGGACCCGCUGAUAGCCCAUAUGCAGGAGGCGUUUUUCUGGUUACCAUUCACUUUCCUCCAGAUUAUCCUUUCAAGCCCCCUAAGGUCGCGUUCAAGACUAAGGUCUUCCAUCCGAACAUCAAUAGCAACGGCAGCAUUUGUCUUGAUAUCCUUAAAGAACAGUGGAGCCCGGCUCUUACUAUCUCAAAGGUACUGCUUUCUAUUUGCUCGUUGCUCACUGACCCAAAUCCUGAUGAUCCCCUCGUGCCGGAGAUUGCCCACAUGUACAAGACUGACCGAGCUAAGUAUGAGACCACUGCCCGCAGCUGGACACAGAAGUAUGCCAUGGGAUGAUGUGCUCCUUUUCACCUAGAUUGCACUUCUGAAAGCAUGUAUAAAACUUGGUUUUUGGCUUUUCUCACAGCGGGAAAAAGCAUGUUCAGUUAGAUGGAUCAUUUAUUUUUGUGCCGGGAAUUCUGAUUUUGAGGACUUGUAUUGGGGGGAAGAAAGGAAAAGCUGUAAUGUUUGUUUUGGACCUUUGGUAAUAUGUAGUAACGUUUUCCUUGCUGGAGCUCGUAUCUUGCUUGAAUGCCAUAAUCAGAAUGAGUAAAAUGUUGCAGUUUGUGAUUUA